AUUCUGACAUUUUCGUAAUUUUUUUUUUUGAAGUAGAGAUUCGAUAUCCUCUUCGACAAGGUUUUUUUGUGUAUUUAUUUUUAUUAAUCGCCUACAAUAUAGCAUAAUGGCGAAAAGUACUACCCUGUUGAACCUGAAUCAGGUGGCCGAUGCUGCUUUAAUAGGACCAGAUCUUGGAACCGUCAAUUUUCGUCUUCUUCAUACGGUCCUUCAAGUCAUGAUGAACCAAGUUGGUAUCAGCGACCUAAAGGUGGAGUUCAGUGGUAGUGAGAGCGAGCUGAUCCAGAAAUUGAUAGAUCCUCAAUCCCAAGGAGGUGUCAAGGCCACUCAUUACCAAAUAGCAGAUGGUGGAGCCAAAAAGGCCCAAAAUGUCGAUGGAGGCAAGAUCAGACAGCUGACAGUCGACGAGGAUAUCGAAGAGGACGAAAUUAAAGUGAUCGAGAGGCGGAAGGACUCUUCGGAGGAACCCGAUGAGCAACCAUACGUGUUCGCCUCGUUAGCAACCAGUAACGUGGUGAUCGUCCCCACCAACGGCGACAACGAGGUGACGCCAGCCUUCACGGUCGCCGUCACCACAGAGGCGUUCUCCAAGCUGACCAGCGACGUGGAGAACCUCAAGCAGAAGUACAACGAGCUGACGCAGAUGUCCAACAACUCGGACCUGGUGAAGGCCGUGAGAACGAGCGUCACUGGGGCUGAGUCUGGCCCCAUCGUGGACAUGUACCAGAUGCUGUCUUUGACGAAGAGAGUGGAAGCGGCAGAGGUGGGCAUGGCGAAGAUGGCGUCGAUGAUAGAAGACCUGGCGAGAGAGAGCGGAUCUGCUCCAGGUGGUGGUGGCGGUGGAGCAGGUGGCGGGACCACCAAAGUGAUCGAGGACGCAGCCAAACUUAGGAGCUCGAUAGACAACGGCCAAGGUCCCAUCUUGGAACAUGUAAAAGAUAUCGAGAAGAGGCUGGGCGAGCUGGAGAAGAAGCUGGCCGACGGCGGCGACCACAAAGGCACCCACCUGCCGAAGAUGGCGGAACCGGGCGGCCCAGUGGCCGGGAAAGACUUCUCCAAGACCGACCUGAGCCAGGUGCAGGUAGAAGACGCCCUGGUGAUGAUUCAGCACGAGUUCAAGAACAUCAGGAACCUCAUUCAGACGCUGGACGUGCCAGGGCUGCAGAAGAAGAUCGAGGACAUGAAGAGUGCAGGAGGGAAGGGAGGUGGAGGCGGUAAACCGGGCGGUGGAGGUGACAUGAGCGAGAAGAUGGCGCAGAUGGAGGUGCAUUUCAAGCAGUGCGUGGACCAGAUAAACUCCCUGGACACCAUGUUCCACGGCAAGAUGGAAACGGUGGGCAAUCAGAUAGCAUCUGUGGAGCGGGAGCUGGGAAAGGUCUACGAGAAGAUGCAAGGCCUGAGCGAACAAGGAGGCAGCGGUACCGACAGCCACCUCAUGGAGCUGUACAAGAAGUUUACCGAACUCGAGAACAUCACCACCAACAUAAGCCAGACUGCAGCGGAUCUGCUGGACGAGAAGCAGGAACGGCAGAUGUACAUGGCGAGUUUGAAGGAGCAGAUAGAGAUGCUGAAGACCAUCAAGGCCGAUAAGAACGAGGUAGAAGGACAGUUGGCCGAUAAGGUGGACAUCUGCAUGAUCAACAGGAAGGUGUCCCAUGAACAGUUCGACGCUACUUGCAUGGAUCUGACCAAGGGCAUCGAAGACGCUUUAGAGAAACUGACCAAACAGGAAGAACUUUGGCAACAAGCUCUGUCGGACAUUCAAACGGAAGUGGGAUCUAAGCUGGACAAGAUGGAGCUUGGUCCUUUGAAAGACUUCAUCACGAACAAGCUGGGUGUGCUACAGAGUAAACUGAAGGCCUUGAGCAAGCUUAAGAAAGAACAGGAAGCGGCCGGCACCAAGGCUGCUCUGCUCAAAGACGUCAAGUGCAUAUCCUGCGACCAGGACGUGGUGAUGCGAAAGAACAUGGAUCCCAGUUUGUACCCGCAACCUCCGGCCCUGCCGCCUACCAAGACUAUGGCGCCUUACCUCGCCUAUGAGCUGGACCAGCUCAGGAAGCAGCAGAAAAGUCUGGUCGCGAGCAGGAAUAUGAAUCAUUUUGAGCAGGCAAAGAAGGGGGAGAUCUGUAAUCGGUACUGCGGUGGAAGCCACACCCUGACCACGCCCCAGCAGAGAGUGACGCGUCUCGGCAACUUCCUGGAACAGUGGGGACCCGAGGUCACCACGGUGAACGACAGCGAGAUAAAGGGUAGAGAUGGACAGAUUUACCGUGGUGAAGAGAAGGCCGAGCUGGCAAACGUGCAAGCGCCGGUUCCUGGUAGGGGAAGACCUUCGAUGAUGGUACAUGGAGAUAUUUUGAGUGCCAGGCCCGGCUUUGACGUUCCGGAAAAAUUGGUAUUGCACAAGGGUCGCAAAGGAUCCAACGAUGGAAGCAAGACUGCAGUUUCUUUCAACGAUUGAGAAUUCAGUAUAGCAAUUCUUCAUUACUGAAAUUCUUCCAGCUCACAUUGAAAUGUAAUUGCGCAAUGUAUACUGAUAGGAAUGGUACAAAAUAUAUAUCUCCAAAAAGAA